AUGGCAUCGCAUACAACCUCGUUUCAAGAACUGUUGCAAGGCGGAAUUGCUACAGCCACGCACGUAAUUAAGAAGGAGACAAGAGAUGUUUACGCGUCGUACUUCAAGAAGUUUUGUGAGUUCUGCAUCGCGAAUGAAUACCCCGACCCUGUGGCUGUGCGCCACCAUGAGCUUCCGUCUCUUUUGGCUGCGUUCAUGGAAAGUGUGUCUGCGUCUGCAGCUGUGUCUAACCAAACGGCGGAGAAGAUUCGGGCAGCGGUCGCCAAUUACUAUGGAAGUUACGAACGUCGAGACGCCGCAGGACCUGACAAG